AUGAAAAAAAAACAAGCAGAAUUGCUGCUUGUGGAGGCGCACUUUGAAGGGAUUAAGAUCUUGACAAAGUCUGCCUUGAUUUAUAUGGCAGGUAAAUUAGAUUUAACAGCUAAUAACAGAAUGGUGAAGAUCCAGUUAGUAAAGCUGACAGUCACCCACUUAGUGGACGACGGUAGACUUGAGGAAGAUGUUCUAGACGAGUUACCACAAGGGUCAAAUGACCAAUUAUCAAUGAAGUGUCAUAAGUUAGAGGCUCAGAUAAAAUUAACUAAAAUAGAGGUUCAAAAUAAACAGUUAGAGGUAGAGGCUCAAAAUAAACAGUUAGAGCUAGAGGCUCAAAAUAAACAGUUAGAGCUAGAGGCUCAAAAUAAACAGUUAGAGCUAGAGGUUCAAAAUAAACAGUUAGAGCUAGAGGCUCAAAAUAAACAGUUAGAGCUAGAGGCUCAAAAUAAACAGUUAGAGCUAGAGGUUCAAAAUAAACAGUUAGAGCUAGAGGCUCAAAAUAAACAGUUAGAGCUAGAGGUUCAAAAUAAACAGUUAGAGCUAGAGGCUCAAAAUAAACAGUUAGAGCUAGAGGCUCAAAAUAAACAGUUAGAGCUAGAGGCUCAAAAUAAACAGUUAGAGCUAGAGGCUCAAAAUAAACAGUUAGAGCUAGAGGCUCAAAAUAAACAGUUAGAGUUAGAGGUUCAGCAUAAAUUAGAGGAAGCUAGGCAAAAGCAAGCAGAACAAACUAGACAGUUAGAAAUUCAAGGACAAAAGGCAGCAGAUAGUAACAUAGAAGAACAGAUAAUCGCAGCUGGACAUGGUAAUACUAGUAAUAUUUCAGGUAGUAACAACCCUCAGUCUAGAAUUAAUAAAUAUGUAGAGUUACCUAUGUUUAAUGAGGAAGACCCUGAGAUCUUUUUUACCCAUUUUAGCAAAACCGCCUUCAGCAUGAAUUGGCUAGUAGAUCAAUGGGUUGCCAUUAUGCAAAGUUAG